UAUUAAAUUAUCACUUGUCAAUUGUCAGAUUUCACUAUGUGUCUAUGUGACAGGAAAUAAAACUUUGCAUUUGCAAGCUUGAUUGUAUCUUUUCUUAUUUAAAAAUUAACUUUACAACAUGUGAUUCAAAAUAAAUAUUAAGACUGAAAAACUAAUGAUUUGUUAUAUAAAAAACAGUUCUCCGCGCUAUGGAUAGUGUUUCCAUGAAUCAUUAUGAGAAACAGCUGUACAGUGUAUUUAAAUCCUUCGACGUAGAUAACGAAGAAGCCUUAGACAGACCAGCUGUACUUGAGCUGUGUGACGCGUUACAGCUCGAGGAUCGAGGCGCCGCGCUCGUCGACACGUUGUUCGAGCGACGAGCGGGCCGUGUCACCUUCUCGCAGUUCCGGAACGGCCUGCUAUCAGUUCUCGGCGGUGAGGCCUCGUCGCAGCCCUUCACCGUGAGCCCCUCACCCGCAGCGGCCGUGCAGACUGCUGCCGCUACAUCACCGCAAAGUGACGACGAUUCGUCAGGACGUGAAGUCGCUCCCAAAUUCACUUUUGGUUCAAAAAAAUACGGUAGAAGAUCUCGGCCGCCACGAGUCGAUUUCGGCGACUCCCCGCGCCACCGAGUCGCAUCAGAGUCUCGCCUAGACGGUGAACGGGCAAAGCAGCGUAUGAAGUGCAAAAGAAGCUCUUCAGCUAUGGAGACCCGGGCCGACUUGCUCAUAGACGACGACGCUUUAGACCUGGAUCACGAUCAGCGCGUUGAUAGAGAGAGAGCUCUUAAACUUUGUCAAAGCUUACAAAUGCACGGUGUAGAUAGAAGAUUUGUCGACAGGGUAUUUGAAGAAACUAAGGCUGAUGAAAUUACUGUCGGAGAAUUUUUUGAUCGUUUGAAUUCUUCCCUACAAUCAUCAAUCCAGGCCAGUCUUGAUAGAAGUGUAAACGAUGACUGCACUGCAAUCGAUGUGGAUGUUGUUCCAAGUGAUGCAGUUGUUGACGCUUGGGAAAGAGCUGGUGUUCAGAAGCCACGCCGACUACUACAUGAGUUAGGUUUUUCCAUUGUAGCUAUUCAGCCCAAGGACUUGGAACGUGCUCUUGAUGAUGAAUUACAAGCGUUAGGAUCCUCUCCUAAUGUUUCUGAGCCACGCUCCUUAUUACUAUUGGCCGCUAACACAUUGGCGCGUUUAAGAGUAGACACAUACAGACGGCGUCUAGAUGUGGCCAUCGCUGAGCGUGAUAAACUAAGAUCAGAUCUCGUCGAAGCGAAUCGCCGUGCGCGAUUAUUAGCUCAGGACGUUGAUGAAAAUCACGCACGAAUAGAAGCAGAACUGAAGGCGAGCUUGCGCCAAGUAGAAGCGAGACACGCGGAGGCGGCUCGAGUGUCUGCUGAGGAAACUGCGGCGGAGCGCGACCGCGCGGCGCAGGCCCGGCGCGAGCUCGAGGUGGAGGUGGCCAGGCGCGCCGACGUCGAGACGCGACUGCGCGCAGACCUUGCCACUUGCAAUGAACGCAACCAGGAACUCGAGGAACGAAUGCGUGAGACGGAGACGCGUGCCUCCCAAGCGGAACGCGACUGCGCGCGUCUAGUGAGCGAAGCGCGCACGGCGGCCGAGCGCGAGGCAGAACUCGCUGAGCGGGAGCGAACUGUGGUCGCGGAGUUGAACGCGCGUUUACAUGAGCUUAGACAUGAAAACCAACAACUCCGGGACAGAAACGACGAACUGUGCGCUGCGGUGGAAGCCGUCGGGAGAGGCGAGCGCGGCUCCGUGCCCGACGAGCCGGCCUGCUGGCGCGACGAGACCGACGGACACUCGCCCCUCCUUGCAUCUCCUUGCAGGUCACAGAGAGACAGUUUAAUAGCUUCAGAAGAUAAACCUAAAAAAGAGGACCAUAUCUUACAAUCAAUUGUAGAAAAAUUCAAUGGCAUAUCACUAGAGAGUAGCAAGUGUGAGCGCUGUUCGGCUCUCGCAGAUAUUAUCUCGUCAAUUAGAUCGCAAGAGUGUGCCCCGACGGAAGUUUGGGUUCCAACGGAAGGAAGCAACGAUGAGCUAGAAGCAUUGCGGAAGGAAAACAUUGUUCUGAAAGCGACACAUGAGUUGGAGAUUGGAAAUCUCAAUAGUAUAAUCAGGGAGCUGGAGUGCAGCGUGGAGCAGCUGCGCGAGGAGUACGAGCGCUGCGAGGAGUACUGGGCGCGCAAGCUGGAGGAGGAGCGCGCGGCGUGGGGCGAGGAGCAGCGCGCGGGCGACGAGCGGCUGCGCGCGCUCAGCGACGAGAUCGCGCGCUUCGAGCGCCAGUUCGCCGCGCCGCCCGCGCUGCCCGCGCUGCCCGAGAGCGCGCUCGAGGACCAGUACGCGGCGCUCGAGCGGGACCUGCAGCGCACCCGCCACCACGCGCACACGCAACUCGCCGAAAAGAUGGAGGAAAUAUCGAAACAAAAGCAACGUAUUGAGGAAUUGGAGCAGCGCCUCGCGACGCUAGAACAGCAACAACAGCAACAACAGCAGCAGCAGCAGCAACAACAGCAACUGUUGCAACAAAGACAACAGCAACGAUCCAACGCGCGCCAUUGUACUGAAAUUGAUAUACAACGGAUGCAAACGCAGCGCGCGGGCGGCGGGCUGGAGGCGGGCGGGGCGGGCGGGGCGGGCGGGGCGGGCGGUUCGGCGCGCUGCCUGUGCGGGGCGGGCGGGGUGUGCGCGCUGCGGGCGCGGGCGGCGCGCGCCGAGCGGGCGGCGCAGCGCCUGCACGCGCGCCUGGCCGCCGCAGACCUGCUCGUCAAGGACCUGUACCUGGAGAACUGCCGCCUGGCGCACCUGCCGCACCUGCCGCACCUGCCGCACCUGCCGCGCCUGCCCUGACCGCGCUCCCCGCAAUGUUCGACAUUAUUGUGUCGUGUGUUUAUUUGACAUUUACGAUGCAAAAUAAUCUAAUUGUUGCUAAUAAAUAAAAUUCAAUUCGCGAUUCGUUCGACGUUCGAUAUUGAUUUAAACGAAAUCCAAUAAUUUAUAUGCGAGCUAAGCUUGAAAGAUUUAUUAAUUUAUAAGCGUAGAGUAUCAUCGGAGCCCGUCGACGGGGCGACGCCCGAGCCCGUCAUCGUUUACUUAAGAUUUUUCCCGCGUCGAUCGGAAGAAUACUUGUAAGUGACGCUCCGUCGUUUCCGCUUAUCCUGCUUUGUAAAUACGUGCGACUCGCGCGACGCGGUAAAGCAGACGUGACCCGACGCUCGGGGCUCGGGCCGAACGAGUGCCUAUAUCCCUGUUAUGUACUACGAGUACAGUGUAUAUGUAAUUACAUAAUCGUAUGUAAAGUAUUGUUUACUUUAAGUUAGGUUAAGUCAGUGACUCUGUCGUUUCGGCGACGACGCAUUCGAUGAAAAUUGCAAUAUUUUCGAGUAAAGACCGAGAUCCCGGUCGAUGUCGUAGCGUAAUAGGUACUUUUUUAUUAUGCUGUGAAUUUUAGAUACUUAAAUAUAAUUUCGAAGAAAAUUUCCAAAAAAAAAAGCUCACAAAGACACAUUUAUGAACAUCACUGAAUAAACUUACUCAAUUAUUGAUCAUGCUACGGUUUUAUAUUAAUUAUAAUGCGUGAUUACUGAUCCAUUUACUUGCAGACUUCGUUUUCGUGAUCAAGAAUGUUUGUGAUAAUUUGAGGAUGAAUCCAACGUAUUUAUAGUGUAUAGUUUUAUUGCUACAAGUUCUGCGCGGACUGUGCGUUAUUUAUCAUUUGUGAUAUUAUAUAAGGGUUGCUCUACGACCUCGUAUAAAAUAUAUAUAUAAAGCUAUUGUUGGGUAACUCCCGAUCACGUGUCGUCGGGUUGUAAUUGUACUUUAUUUGCAUAUCCUUUGUUAUACAAAAGCUGCAUAUUAUAAAUUAGUCAAAUUAUUAUCGAUCAUUUGUAAGACUGACACUGGGAGCAUUUUGUGAUGUAUUUAAAUAUUUUUUAUUUGCUUUUCUCAAGUUCAUUAUGCUCGUUUAUUAUAUUCGUAAGGUCACGCUGUAAAAACUCGCAAUAAAUGUAAUCUUGCCUACGAAUCGAUAUCAUACUGAAUACGAAUGAACCUAAGAAGUGCCUUCGUAAUUAUAAUAGAAAUAACUCCAUGACAAAUAAAUAUUUUGUAAACAUUUUGUUUGUUUAUAUAUUACGUUAAAUAUAGGGUGCUCGCCGGUAAAUGCGAAUAUGGACUCAUGCAAAAAUGUAAUUAUUAAGAAAUCUAGGUGCUCAUUUAAAUACUUUAAAAUUUUGAAGGUCAUAAAGUGGAUAUGAUUACAAUUUUGUGAAUGACGCCAUAUUCGUCCCUCUAAUGUUCUAUAUAUGAAAAUGUAUGAAACUUUUACGACUGCGUUAAUAUAUAAGAAAUGCUUACGUAAUACAUGUUGCUUGCGUAUUUCGUAAUAAUUAACUUAACCCUAGAGUUUUUAUGAACGUUUUGUGAAUAUUGUUUACGUCAAGACUUCCAUUUAUCAUGUUAUGUCUACUGAUCAAAAAGGAAUAGAUUUUAUUAGCUUUUACAAUGGCCGUAAUGUCGAUACUCUACUCUGUUAUUAUAAUAUGAGCACUAGUAUCCAAACCGAUAUGUUUUGUGACCACACACUAGGCACUUGUGUUGCAGCGUGUUCUGAAUUUGGCUCAUUGUAUUUGAACAUUUUACUGGGAACAAUUAUGUUAUAGACACUGUGAUAUAAGAUUUGUAUAAUUUCCAUUCAAAUUUACACCUUGCUGUUAAUUGACAUUUUUAUUAAUAUUUACCUUUUCUCAAUGGUACUAAAUUAGUACUAUGAUUGUCGUUAUUUUUAUAUUUUCGUAAGUUAAGAAUAAUGAAAAUUGCUCUUUAAAAUCGGAAAUCAGUCGUUGAAUAUACGGCCUAAUGUUUAAAUAGCUUGCAACACCCCACUACAUAGCUUACAUACAGUAAUUGUAAAAUUGUGUAAAGUUUGGUAAAUAUCUUUCCUUAUAUAAGUACACAUUGAUUUGUGAGUCGUGUUGUGAGUCGGAUAGUGUGUGCACUAGUGUUGCACUCGGCACGGGUGUAGAUUCUGUUCAGUUGUACUUUGUAGCCAUUAGCCGUAGUUUAUGACUUACUAUUGCAAAUAUAAACAUUGUAACUCAUCUCCAUAGAUUUGGUGUACAUUUGAAGAUUAUGUUUGAUUUAUUAAAUGAAUCAAUUUUAUUAUAAUUGAAA